AUGUUAAUAACAAAUCAGAAGGUGGCUUCAGAGGUGUUUGAGCUGAAUGAAAUCAUUGCAGAAGAACAGUCUGAUGAGUUCAAUAUAUAUGAAGACUCAGUUGAAGGCAUCAGUGAGAUGUCAGACAAUGCAGAGAGCUCAAGUGACUGGAAUGACAAUAGCUCAGCAAGUGAGAAGACUUGUAUAAGGCUUGAAAUUGCAAGACUUCAGUAUGAGGUUGAGUGA